AUGGCCCCUGCAGGCAUCAGUGGGGACUUCAAUGGGGGCUUCAAUGGGGAUGUCAAUGGGGACGUCAAUGAGGGCUUCAAUGAGGCCAUCAAUGGGGACGUCAAUGGGGGCUUCAAUGGGGACUUCAAUGUGGACGUCAAUGGGGGCGUCAAUGGGGGCUUCAAUGAGGCCAUCAAUGGGGACGUCAAUGGGGGCUUCAAUGGGGGCUUCAAUGGGAGCACCAAUGGGGACGUCAAUGGGGGCGUCAAUGAGGACAUCAACAGGGACUUCAAUGGGGGCUUCAAUGGGGACUUCAAUGGGAGCACCAAUGGGGACGUCAAUGGGGGCAUCAAUGAGGACAUCAACAGGGACUUCAAUGGGGGCUUCAAUGGGGACUUCAAUGGGAGCUUCAAUGGGGCCGUCAAUGGGGGCUUCAAUGAGGACAUCAAUGGGGACAUCAAUGGGGACAUCAUUGUCAAUGGGGACAUCAUUGCCAAUGGGGACAUCUCCAAGGAAGACCUUGUCCAUGGUGGCAUCUCCAAUGGGAGCAACAAUGGGGACAUCUCCAAUGGUGGCAUCUUCCAUAGUGGCAUCUCCUACAAUGGCUUCUCCAAUGGCAUCACCUCCUAUAGCAGCAUCUCCAAUGGUUGCGUCUCCAAUGAUGGCAUCAUCUCCAAUGGCUUCACCUCCAACAACAGCAUCUCCAAUGGGAGCAACAAUGGGGACAUCUCCAAUAGGAGCACCUCCAAUGGUGGCAUCUCCAAUGGGAGCCUUAAUGGGGACAUCAAUGGGGACAUCUCCAAUGGUGGCACCUCCAACGGGAGCAUCAAUGGGAGCAUCAACGGGAACAUCAAUGGGGACAUCUCCAAUGGGAGCAUCAAUGGGGACAUCAAUGGGGACCUCUCCAAUGGCCCCUUCCUCUUCCUCCUCCUCCUCCUUCUCCUCCCUCCCCCCCCCACCCACACUGCCACCUUCAAAGUGGGGGUCAUGGGACCUUGGUCAUGUGACCCCAUCCUAGCCCGGGCCUAUCCGGAGCUGGCCUCUCGCUUGGCUACCACUCGCCUCAAUGGUGACCCCAACUACAACCAAGUCUAUUGGUGGGAGCCUUUGGUCCUAUCGGAAUCCUGCUCCCCAUCGCAGGCCGCUAUGGGGCUGCUCAACGUCGACCGCUACGCAUCCUCCUUGGUCGGCCCCAUAAGCCCUGGGGCAUGUGGGGCGGCCGCACUGCUCAUGGCCGCGUGGAACAAGCCCUUGGUGGCCUGGAGCUGCACCGGGAAUGGGGCUGGGAUGGAGACGCUGGUGCCGCCGAUGCCGGCGCCAGUGGAGGUGCUGCACGUGGUGCUGAGCUCCUUCCGCUGGGCACACGUGGCUGUGGUGGCUGCCCCACAGGAGCUAUGGAGGGAUGUGGGGCAAGCGGUGGCCCAAGGGCUGAGGGCCAAGGGGCUGCCCGUGAGUGUGGUGGUUGUGGCCGGGGCUGAGGAAGAGGAGGCGAAGGAGGCGUUGAGGAAGGUGAAGAGGGCGGACGGAGUGAGAGUGGUGCUGAUGUGCAUGCAUUCGGCCCUGCUGGGCGGCGCGGAGCAGCGCGUCCUCCUGGAGAGCGCCGCGGAGCUGGGCAUGGCCGACGGCUCCUUCGUCUUCAUCCCCUAUGACGCCCUCACCUUCCCCCUGCCCUACCGCGACGAGGCCUACGCGGACCUGGCCAACAGCUCCCGCCUGCGCCGCGCGCACGACGCCGUCCUCACCGUCACCAUGGACUCGGCCAAUGGCUCCUUCCGGCAGGAGCUGCGCCAGGCACAGCGCGACGGGGAGAUCCCUGCGCACGUCGAUCCUAUGCAGGUCCACCCCCUCUUCACCACCAUCUACAACUCCAUCCGUGCUCUGGCGGCCGCGGUGGAGGCCACGCGGCGCGCAGGCCGCUGGGUGAUGGGCACCAGCGUGGCACGCGGCUACCGCGACCUCUUCAUCGACGGCCUCUGCCAAAGCCUCUCCGUGGACGCCGAUGGGGCCGUCGGUGUCCCCUACGUGGUGCUGGACACUGAUGGCCGCGGGGACCGGUUGUGGCCGGUGUACGGGCUGGAGCCCGGCGCGCGCCGGCUGAGCCGGAGGGAACGUGCCGCGCAUUGGCCGCGAGGCGCUGGACCCCCUGGCAGCGACGCCGGGUGUUGGUUCGAGGAGGGAUCCGUCUGUAAUGGGGGGGUGGAUGCCUCCAUCGUCCUUCUCAUGAUGGUGCUCAUCUGCGCCCUGGCCGCAGCCGGUGCUGCACUCGCCUGCUUCAUCAGGCGCCGCAUGCACCAGGCCCAGCUGAUGAAGGGCCCCAACAAAAUCAUCCUCACCAUGGACGACCUCACCUUCAUCAACACCCACAGCUGCAAGCAGCUGGAUGGCAGCCGGACCAGCCUCGCCGCCCACAGCACCGGUGACACCAAGAGCGCUGCCGCCACCCCCGACACCACCAACGUGGCCAUCGCCGAGGGUGACUGGGUCUGGCUGAAGAGGUUCCCUGGGGAUGAGCACCGGGAGGUGAAACCAGCCACCAAGCUGGCCUUCUGCAAGCUUCGGGACCUGCGGCACGAGAACGUCAACCUCUUCCUGGGCUUCUUCCACUCGGGGGGGGUCCUGGCGCUGGUGUCGGAGCACUGCUCACGGGGCAGCCUCCAGGACCUGCUGCACGACCAGGACAUGAAGCUCGAUUGGAUGUUCAAGUCCUCCCUGCUCAUCGACCUCAUCAAGGGCAUCCGCUACCUCCACCACCGCGACGUGGUCCACGGGCGCCUCAAGUCCCGUAACUGUGUUGUGGACGGACGCUUCGUGCUCAAGGUCACUGACCACGGCUACAACGAGCUCCUGGAGGCCCAGCGGGUGCCAACGGCCCCCCUGGAACCACAGGAGCGCCUAUGGACGGCGCCAGAGCUCCUGCGGGAUGAGGCCCUGGAACGCCGCGGCUCCUUCCGAGGGGACGUCUAUGGGAUCGGGAUCAUCAUGCAGGAGGUCAUCUGCCGCAACGGGCCCUACUGCAUGCUGGGAUUGCCCCCCGAAGAGAUCAUAGAGAAGGUGCGGACGCCACCCCCCCUGUGUCGCCCCACGGUGUCCGCGGACCAGGCCCCAUUGGAAUGCAUUCACCUGAUGAAGCAGUGCUGGAGCGAGCAGCCCGAGCGCCGGCCCCACAUCGACCAGGUCUUCGAGCAGUUCAAGGGCAUCAACAAAGGCCGCAGGACCAACCUGAUCGACUCCAUGCUGCGGAUGCUGGAGCAGUAUUCCAGCAACCUGGAAGACCUGAUCCGGGAGCGCACGGAGGAGCUGGAGCUCGAGAAGCAGAAGACGGAUCGGCUGCUGACCCAGAUGCUGCCCCCCUCGGUGGCCGAGGCUCUCAAGAUGGGCACUCCAGUGGAGCCCGAGUACUUCGAGGAGGUGACUUUGUACUUCAGUGACAUCGUCGGGUUCACAACCAUCUCUGCCAUGAGUGAGCCCAUUGAGGUGGUCGAUCUGCUCAAUGACCUCUACACUCUCUUCGACGCCAUCAUCGGUGCCCAUGACGUCUACAAGGUGGAGACCAUCGGCGACGCCUACAUGGUGGCGUCGGGGCUGCCGAAGCGCAACGGGAACCGGCACGCGGGGGAGAUCGCCAACAUGGCGCUGGACAUCCUGAGCGCCGUCGGCAGCUUCCGCAUGCGCCACAUGCCCGAGGUGCCCGUGCGCAUCCGCAUCGGCCUCCACUCGGGCCCCUGCGUUGCCGGCGUCGUGGGCCUCACCAUGCCCCGUUACUGCCUCUUUGGGGACACCGUCAACACGGCCUCGCGCAUGGAGUCCACCGGCCUCCCCUAUCGGAUCCAUGUGAACGCCCGCACCGUGGCCAUUCUGCAGGCGCUGAAGGAGGGCUUCAAGCUGGACAUCAGGGGCAAGACCGAGCUCAAGGGAAAGGGGGUGGAGGACACCUAUUGGCUGGUUGGACGCGAGGGCUUCACCAAACCCAUCCCCACCCCCCCCGACCUCCUGCCUGGCGCCAGUAACCACGGGAUCAGCCUGGACGAGAUCCCGGCCGAGCGGAGGCGGAAGCUGGAGAAGGCGAGGCCAGGGCAGGUGCCCAAAUAA